GGUGACGCCACUUCCGCCUGGGUCGACGUGGCUCGGGGCCGCCAUCUUCUGUGUGAGGAGGACGAAGCGGUUGCUCGAAGGGAAGGCGACGAGGGAGACGCCGACGCCAUGGUGCUCUUGGCCGCUGCGGUUUGCACCAAGGCCGGGAAGGCCAUCGUCUCACGCCAAUUUGUAGAGAUGACCCGGACGCGCAUCGAGGGGCUGCUGGCGGCCUUCCCCAAACUCAUGAACACCGGGAAGCAGCACACCUUCGUGGAGACGGAGAGCGUGCGCUACGUCUACCAGCCCAUGGAGAAACUCUACAUGGUGCUCAUCACCACCAAGAACAGCAACAUCUUGGAGGACCUGGAGACGCUGCGGCUCUUCUCCCGAGUGAUCCCAGAAUACUGCCGAGCGCUAGAAGAGAACGAGAUCUCGGAGCAUUGCUUUGACCUAAUAUUUGCCUUUGAUGAGAUCGUGGCCCUCGGCUACCGAGAGAACGUCAACCUGGCCCAGAUCCGCACUUUUACCGAGAUGGACUCCCACGAGGAGAAGGUCUUCAGAGCCGUCCGGGAGACACAGGAACGUGAAGCCAAGGCUGAAAUGCGGCGGAAAGCCAAGGAGCUGCAGCAGGCGCGCCGGGAUGCUGAGCGCCGAGGCACCAAAGCGCCCGGAUUCGGGGGGUUUGGCAGCUCUGCCGUCUCAGGAGGGACCACGGCUGCCAUGAUCACAGAGACCAUCAUUGAGACCGAGAAGCCCAAAGUGACUCCAAUCCCAUCCAGGCCAUCUGGCUCCAACAAGGCACUCAAGCUUGGUGCCAAAGGGAAGGAAGUGGACAAUUUCGUGGACAAGCUGAAAUCUGAAGGAGAGAACAUCAUUGCCUCUUCGAUCGGGAAACGCUCCUCGGACGCAGCUGCGGUCCUCGCUCCGCCCGUCAACAUGGAGAGCGUGCACAUGAAAAUAGAAGAGAAAAUCUCCCUGACCUGCGGCCGAGACGGGGGCCUCCAGAACAUGGAGCUGCACGGCAUGAUCAUGCUGCGGAUCCUGGACGAAAAGUUUGCCCGGAUUCGCAUCCAUGUUGACAACGAGGACAAGAAGGGGGUGCAGCUCCAGACCCACCCCAAUGUGGACAAGAAGCUUUUCACAGCAGAGUCUCUGAUCGGCCUGAAGAACCCGGAGAAAUCUUUUCCCAUCAACAGCGACGUGGGAGUGCUGAAGUGGCGGCUGCAGACCACAGAGGAGUCUUUCAUCCCGCUGACCAUUAACUGCUGGCCCUCGGAGAGCGGGAGCGGCUGCGACGUCAACAUCGAGUAUGAAUUGCAGGAGGAGGGCCUGGAGCUGAACGACGUGGUGAUCACCAUCCCGCUGCCGCCGGGGGUGGGCGCCCCUGUGAUCGGGGAGAUUGACGGGGAGUACCGCCACGACGGCCGGAGGAACCUGCUGGAGUGGUGCUUGCCGGUCAUCGAUGCCAAAACCAAGAGCGGCAGCCUGGAGUUCAGCAUCGCCGGGCAGCCCAACGACUUCUUCCCCGUCCACGUCUCCUUCGUCUCCAAGAAGAACUACUGCAACAUCCAGGUUACCAAAGUGACCCAGGUGGAUGGGAACAGCCCCGUGAGGUUCUCCACGGAGACCACUUUCCUGGUGGACAAGUACGAGAUCCUGUAGCCCUCGCCACCGGGAAGGAGCGACCAAGACUGGAGUCUUUCGGGGUUGGGGGAGACAGGCUGCGGCUUUUCCACGUUGUCAGGAGACCACGGAGCUGUUGCUUUGCCCACCGACCUCCUCGAGGGCACAGCCAGGCAGGGAGAGACUGCUUGCUCCUCUGGCGCGGCCCCUUCCGCCCCUUCCUCCCCUCCUCCUCCAUCCUUGAGCCCACUCCUCCUGUGCUUCCAUUCCCAGCAGCCCCCAACUCCAGGGCCCCCUCCUCACUGGCUAGUGUGGGAUUGCGGCAAGCACCAACGUGGCAACUGGCCCUUUCCAGCGCUCAGCACUGGCACUCUUCUUCUGGGUGCCCUAGAGCCCUUGUUGGCCAAUCUGGCCCUGUUGUGAGGGUGUGUGUGUGGUGGGGAUAUCCUGGCACCACCUUCUGAGGGCCCCCUUCCCUUGUUCUCUCCAAAUUGCCCCAUACCUGAUCCCCCCAUAAUUCUGGGAAGGGGCCAGCCGGUGGCGCUUGGCACUGGUCCAUUGGUGCCCCAGCUAAGGGAGUCCCGGCCUCUCCUCCCGCGUUGCCUGGCUGCUCAAGUGACUCUUUCCAAAGUGUCCUGGGAUGGGGAAGGGGAAAGGGGAAGGGGAAAGGGGUCUCGCUCAGCCCCAGAGAGGAGCCUCCGUGAAUCUUACUGAUCCAGCUGUCUGUCUGAAUUUCUAAAAAGCAUAGUUCCACCAUCAAAUUUAGGGGGUCUUGUUUUUUUGGGGGUGGGGGUGAUAUUUAAAGGAGAUUUUGUAACCCUGUCAAAUAAUGCGUUUAGGCCUUAUAACACAUUCCAGUGUACACACACAGAGAGAGAGUCCCUGCCCCUGAAUCCAAUAAAGAAUAUUCUGCAAGGAGAA